AUGAUCUCCGCCAAAACUCCGCCGCUGGCCCAACGCGCCGGUGGAGCGGCGAGCUGCAGCGCGGGCAGGCGCGUGUCGGCCUGCGGUACUGCCGCCAGCGCUGAAGUGCGCGUGCGGGCAUCGGCCACCCGCGGCAGAAGCGCCCCGCUAGGAAGCGCGAGAUCUCGGCCAUUUCCGAGCGGAUGUGUCUGCCGGGACCUUGGUGGUGCUGCCCGCACGCCUCGCCAUGCGCGCGCCAUCAUCGCCGGCUCGGCCGCGCCAGCUGAUUCCCGCGGCGCAGCGUCCCAAUCGUCCCCCUCGCGACCCCGCUCGACCCAUGUAGCGGCCAGCGGCGGGUUGCAUGCGGCGGGCGCGGGGGAAGCGGAGGAGGCGGCGGCGGCGGAGCGGGAGGUGGCGUGGGCGCGCGGCGAGGAGGGCGUGUGGAGCGUGGUGAUCCCCACGUACAACCGCCUGCCCAUCCUCACCAAGUGCCUGCGCGCGCUGGAGCAGCAGCGCGGGUGGCGGCAGGCGGGCGUGCGGCGGUACGAGGUGGUGGUGGUGGACGACGGCUCCCAUGACGGCACCGUGCGCGCGCUCGCCGCCAUGGGCGUGGCGUCCUGCGAGGGGGGCGCGCAGGGCGCGGAGGAGGGGGGGCCGGGGGGAGCGGUGGAUGGCGGAGAGCGGGAUGCGGCGGUGGCGUUCCCCCACGUGCGCGUGGUGCAGCAGCAGCACGCGGGCGCAACGGCUGCGCGGAACCUGGGCGUGCGCGUGGCGUGUGGCAGCACGAUGGUGUUCAUCGACUCCGACAUGGUCGUCUGCCCCGAUUUUCUAGCAGCACAUGCGCGUGCUCUCGCGGAGGCUAGGAGCAGGUUCGGGGACGAGCGCACGUUCACGUACGGGCGAGUGGUGAACACGAGCAACUUUGAUGACCCCAUGGCGGAACCCUUCAAGCUCACCGACUACUCAGCAGCGUUCUUCGCCACGGGCAACGUGCAUUGCCUCCAACCCUUGCUCUUCUCGCCUAACCUGUUCUCCAUGUGCCUCCUGCGUGUGUGGGGUGGGGCAGAGCGGUUGCGGCAGUGUGGCGCGCGCAUAUGGCAGUGCCCGGAGGCCGUGGGCUUCCACUGGCACCCGCCCUUCCAUCCCUCUCAGCUGCCCGCUCUCAUCCUCCAGGAGCGGCAGCGGGGGGAGAACGGGGUGCGGUUCUUCCUGAAGCACCGCACGCUGAACGUGCGCCUCAUGGUGCAGAUGACGCCCUUCCACGCCGCCCUCUGGUUCCUCCUCACCCUGGGGGGCGCCCUCAACGAGCGCUCCCUCGCACCGCUGCUCGCAUGGCUGGUGCAGCAGGGCCAUCCCGGGGUGGCCAUGGGGGUGCUCUCCCCCGUGCUCAACUGGCACACCGUGCAAGCCACACACGAGGAGGUGCAGCGGCUUAGGAAGGCAGGGGUGGAUGUGUGA